AUGUCGUCAGAACAAAGCGGAAAUCCACUUCGAAAAUUUAAACUUGUAUUUCUUGGCGAACAGAGUGUCGGAAAGACUUCAUUAAUAACUCGUUUUAUGUAUGACAGCUUUGAUAAUACAUAUCAAGCAACAAUUGGUAUUGAUUUUCUUUCUAAAACUAUGUAUUUAGAAGAUCGAACUGUUCGAUUACAAUUAUGGGACACUGCCGGACAAGAACGAUUUAGAAGCCUUAUUCCAAGUUAUAUACGUGAUUCUACUGUCGCUGUAGUUGUUUAUGAUAUAACAAAUUCGAAUUCAUUUCAACAAACAUCUAAAUGGAUUGAUGAUGUUCGUACAGAACGUGGUAGUGAUGUCAUAAUAAUGCUUGUCGGUAAUAAAACUGAUUUAGCUGAUAAAAGACAAGUAUCAACUGAAGAUGGUGAAAGAAAAGCGAAAGAAUUAAAUGUUAUGUUUAUUGAAACAAGUGCUAAAGCAGGAUAUAAUGUUAAACAACUAUUCCGACGUGUAGCAGCUGCUUUACCUGGUAUGGAAACACCUGAACGUCGACCGGAAGAUUUAAUUGAAGUCAAACUUAAUGCUCCAACUCAUGAACCUGUUAAUGAUAAUCAAAGUGGUUGUCGUUGUUAA